GAACUGGUUCAUAUCACAAAAAAUUCUGCCUCUCGCAUUGUUUGAUACACCAAAAGUUCCUUGACCACAGCCUUCAAGAUGAAAUACUCCUACGUCCCCCUCGCCACUGCCGGCCUCGCUGCAGCCCAACAAAAGUUCACCGACGUCGUCCCAAAGUGCUCCAUCGAGUGCCUCACCAAGGCCGUAAAGGACGGCACAAAAUGUAGCAGCAUCGACGACUCUGCCUGCAUCUGUGAGGCGGACAACUACCGCAGCAUCUACACCGUCGGCGUCAACUGCGUCCUCCAAGCCUGCGGCUCUGACGUUGCUAUUGGUCAGCUCCUCCCCGCCGCUGGCAAGUUCUGCCGCGAGGUCACAGGCGGCGCUUCCGCCCCUCCCGUCGAUUCUGCCUCUGCUUCCGCCUCCGCCGUCGUCUCUUCCGCCAUUGCCUCUCUAUCAUCUGCUGCCGCUUCUGCGUCUACUGCGGCUUCCAACGCGACUGCCUCCAUCUCGACUACCGCCACACCGACUGCUGGCGGUAGCGGCACAGCUACCACGGCUACUACUGCUUCCCAGGCUGGUGCUGCUCCUUCCUUGGCUUCUAUGGGUGCCCUUGGCGUGCUUGCCCUCGGGGGUCUUGCUGCUUUCUAG